AGUACAUCCGCCGAUUUCGCCAUUUUGGAGCGUUUUUGCUUUUGUUUUUUUGCCUCUAAUUGGCGGCCGCCUUUGCAUGCGCGCCUCGGCAGCCGGCACGCGACCGCCUAGCCUGCAUCUGAUGGCACUGGCCGAGGUGCACGACCGCUCUCUCCAUCCUUGUCGCACUCGGGGCGCGCCGCCGACCCGAGGGCUGGAGGCUGGAGGCACUCGCAUCUCCCCUCAUUCCGUUCCAUUCCCCGGGCGGCCCGGCCAUGUCUGGCCAUGCCAUGCAUGCGGACACACCAGCCCCUCUCGGCGUGCUGCUGCUGUGCCUCGGCUGUGCUGUCGGCCUCGGUGUCGGCCUCGGACACCGCGACCGCGAGGUCGGCGCCGUCAGCCUCCGCCAAGCUCCCGUUCCGACUCCGAACCGCCAAGCGCCCCCCAUCGGCGAUGUCCCCGACGUCCGGAAACGCCCAAGCCGGCCAUCCUUUUUGUCCUCUCGCCUGGUGGCGGAGAUCCCAUUCUUGCGGGAGUGCCAGGACGUCCCCACCAACUCCAUCAAGUACUUCAACAUGACCACCAGGUUGGUGGGCAAGGCGGACUUCUUUCUUAACGGCGCGUAUGAAAUUUCCCGUCUGGCCAAGGAUUUAUCCGAGAUUGUAAUAAUACUGACAAAGUGCAAGGAGAUAGUCUCUGCCAACACCUGCGAGCACUUCCAAACUUGGCGCUUCAAGAAAAACAUCUGUCAAAAUAUUUUCUUUGGAAACCAGAUUUGGGCCAAGUUUAAUGAAAAUAUCAUUCCCACUCCGAAGUGCCCUGCAGCGCCAGGCACCUACCAAAUAAGGAAUGCAACAAUUGACAUAAAUGUACUUCAGACACUUCCCAUGCCGCUGGAAGGUCACGUGUACCGCGCGAGACACUUCAUGAUGGAACCUAAUGGCGUACCGCAUAUUUGCUCUGAGGCCGAGAUUCAAUUCCAUAGAUCACGGAAUUGACUGACUACUGUUAAUGGAGAUGAUAUGAAACACAAAACAGUAGCAUAAGAUCAAUGUUUUAAUAAAUUACACAUUGUUUACAAAGGUGAGUCAUGUACUACAUACAUUGUAUGUAAUAAAACACACAUACAGCAAA